CUGGUUUUGAAAGUUAUGAAGCGGCAGUUAACACUUCGGCUGUCUUCCCAGGUGACACCAUGCUCCUGGAGCCUGCAGCAGCUGCAGAUCGACGCGUUUGACCGAGGAACCACCGUCACUGUGGCCACCAUGGGAACGACGAUGAGUGAGCCGUGUAUCUACGACAAGCUGUCCGAGAGCAUCGACAUCCUCCGCCAGUCGGGCUACCGCUAUGGCAUGUCGGAGAGGGAGAUAGAGAGGUUCAUCAAGCAGGUCCUGGAGACCAACGAGCCCAGGAGAGAGCCUCCCCAGUUCCCCAUCCUGAGGGCCACCAUAAAGUUUGUGGUGGCAGUGGGCUUCCUGCUGGUGGCGGUGCUGGCCUUCACAUACCCCCAGAGUGCCCCUCAGCUGGGUCUGGUCAACCUGGGCUGUUACAACUGGUCGUCGCCCCUCAGCCACGUCCGCCUGCUGUCCCUGCCCAUCGCCAAGAAGUACAACCUACAAGGUUUCCAUGAAUGGUGGAGUGCUGGCUCUCUCCGACACAAUCUGGUCAACUGUUCGGGCUGUGCAGAGAUCUCUUCAGUGCUUGAAGUCCCAGAGAGCCUCAGAGGGACCGUGACUCUGCGACGGGGGCCACAGCUCGUCCUGCUGAAGGUCAGAGGUCAACACAGACAGAGUUGGCCUUCUGAUAGGCCUUCCCAUGGUGGGGAGUCCCUCAGUAUCCAGCGGCAGCAGCUUGAGGAGCUCUACUUGGCCCAUUCAGGCUCCAUGUCCAUCCUGCUGGAGGAGGACGACGGCCUGCAGAACCACAACCUCGGCCUCCCGCAAGGACCCGCUAACUUCACUCUGCUCUGGAGGUUCAGCUCGGGGACCAGGGAGAAGGUGUUGCGGUGGCUCUUCCCGAAGGCUGAGCUCUGCCCCCUGCUGGACAGUGCCGGGACCAUCGUGCAGCGCUGCCUGGUUACUCAUAGCACAAACUCCCAGAGCAAGGGUGUUGGGGUGUUUGGCUGGCUGGUGGUGGGCGAGGGGUUACCAACAGUUCGAGUUCUUCCUGUUCAACGCUGUCAGAAACACUGCAGCUCCUUCAACCUGUGGCUGACACCUGGAGACAUGGUGUACGCUGACCCUCGAUACUGGCAGAUGGAGCUGUUCCCCGGCCGAGGCCAGAACAUCAUCUGUGACGGAUCGGCCUUUUAACCUUCAGGUGGAGGAGGACAGUUCAGGACCGUGGCGUGACAGAUCGGCUGUGAAUGUCUGACUUCCUGCUGAGGCGGCGCUCGUCUGCCUUCACGUGGCCCCGCCCACUGAUGCCUUAUAACCCUACGGUCUUUUUUUCCGACGCCCCGACCCGUCUGAUAAUCCUCCCAUUGUCCUCAGAGAACUGGAAACCAUUGCACACAUGACUUUAAGGGUCAAGGUCGGAGGAUUUAGGAGUGACUUUUUGACUUUGUCCUCGUGUAUAACAGCGGAGCAUCAUCGGCCUUUAGACUCUCUGCAGCUCUCAGAUGUUUUGGAUGUGCUGUGCUCGUGCCAUAGCUUCAAGCAGAUGUCUAGCAAUGAAAUCACUGGGUGUGUUUCUUUUUCAGAAGGUAGUGAAACACUGUCGAGUACAUUGCCGAUAUCCUGUUUGUAGAACUCUGAAUCGCGGCCCACAUCUACGAUUUGUUCAGCAAUUUUUAAAAAAUAGGUGUUUUGAUACCUUUUUCUUGGGUUACUAGUCAAUCAGGUUUGUAGGCGGGAUUAAGAAUGCGUGCAGGUUGAUGUAAAUCAAGUUAAAAGAAUAACAAGUCUAAAAAUCACUACAUUUAUUCAAUCAACUUUUUAAGUGUGUCAACUGAAAAUGAUGUUGACUGGACGGGUCAAUGCUGAUUGUUUAGAACAAAAUAAAUCAGAAAACAGCUAAUAUGUAUACAAAGAAUGAAAAGAAACAAAGUGGACUUUCAGUCUUUAUUACAUAAUGCGUAUUCUGCAGUGCACUAAUGACUUCGGUGUCAGUAGUUGUUGGACGUUCGCUACCUCCUGAAGUUGUGAGACACACCUGCAGUUUCCCCUUCUGCUCCUCAUCCUUUUUAUCUUAAAGGGCCAUUUCACCAAAAGUUACACAAACUUAUUCAUCCUUCAUGUCUUUUAUCAGGAUCAGCUUCAGAUAUAUAUUUUUAAAUUGUGAUUUUACUAAUUCAUCAGACAAAGCUGCUUCUCUAAUUUGAGUGUCGUUAUUUAUUGUUAUGAUUGUAUAUGUAUAUAUAUAUAUAUGUUCAAGCCAUUCAUUUUAAUAAUAACGUGUUGUAAUAUUAUUAUGCUGUGAUCAGUUGUGGUUAUUAGUGCAGAGUGCAGACAGCAACAUCACAGUGACGCAGUAGAGCAAAUACUUUGUGCAUAAUCAGGGUUUUAAUGGGUCGUUCAAAAGUCUGAAUAAUAUUAAAUCAGUUUGCCAAAGUUAAUGCCUGUCAAAUCCGAGUUUCUGUGUUUAACAGAUGCUCCGCCUCGUUUUGUUUUCGCAUUAAAAAAAAACUUCACAUUUCCAAAUAUCACCCGAUGGGAGUGCUUGAACAGAAUUAGGGAGUGAAUCGUUUAAAAUGUUUGCUUCGUAUAGAAAUGUCAUAGUUUUUAUGAGAAAAUUAAAGCUUGUCAUGUAUUUGCUUC